AAUAGGAAUUUCAGAUACAAGCUCGAGCACAGAAGCACCAUGCUCAGGUUCUGCAUAGCUCUCUGCGUCCUGGCCACGUGCUGGGCACAGGACUGUCUGGUGAGCAACAUCACCGUCAAACAGGAAUUUGACAAGAUGAGGUAUCAAGGAACAUGGUAUGCCGUGGCCAAGAAAGACCCUGUUGGUCUUUUCCUUCUUGAUAAUAUUGUUGCCCAUUACAAAGUGGAGGAAGAUGGAACCAUGACAGCCACCGCUGUUGGCAGGGUCAUCAUUCUCAACAACUGGGAGAUGUGCGCCAACAUGUUUGGCACGUUUGAAGAUACAGAAGACCCCGCCAGGUUCAAGUUGAAAUACUGGGGAGCUGCUUCAUAUCUCCAGACUGGAUAUGAUGACCACUGGGUCAUUGACACCGACUACGAUAACUACGCCAUCCACUACUCCUGCAGAGAGCUUGAUGAGAACGGAACCUGCUUGGACGGUUAUUCCUUCAUAUUCUCCAGACACCCUGAAGGCCUCAGGCCUGAAGACCAGAAGAUUGUGACAGAGAAGAAACAGGAGAUCUGCUUCCUGGGCAAAUACAGACGUGUCGCACACACUGGUUUCUGUGACACUGCCUAAAUGACCACUGCACGAAAGAGCUUCUGAGGAUGUAAUCUGUCAAGUUUUAUAUUUCUAGCUGAUAUGUAAAUACCAAAAAUAAGCAUAUUACUUAAUAAAAGAGAAUGCAUAAAAA